AUGGCUACUGUAAUGGCACAUGGUUUUGUCCAGUUCUGGAGCAUUAAGAUGGGGAUAUCUAGGCCCCAAGAAGCAUACAUUGGAACAAUGGGAAGAAAGAAUAAUAAACUGCUGGUCUAUUUCAUCACUGGAGGAUAUACAACUUUUCAACUACACAAUAAUAUUAAAAAUGUGACGCUUAGAUCCUAUGGAGAAAACCAAAAUAACCUGCAUGUAAUUUUCCAAAAUAAUGUUUUCUUGUUUAUUGAAAGAUUAUCUUCCAGAGAGGCUAAAGAGUUGAAGAUGUUCCUGAAUAGAGUCCGUCGAAAUAAUAAUAAACCAUCCAAGGGACAUGUUAAGGAUGGAGCGAUCAUUGUCAGCACAGUAACACCGAAUAAAAUCAACAAAAAUUCAUUUCAGGAAGUGGAUAAUGAGCCAAGUAGUGAAUCUUUUGAGACAGGAGAAGGAAGUGGAACACCUGCAUCAAAGUCAUCAACACUUACUUGCAAUGAUUUACCAGAAAGUGGACAUGGGAAGAAGAAAAGAGUGUUACCAUCUGGUUCAAAGGCGGCUGGGAAAUUCCUGAAGAAAACUAGCUCUGUAAGAGAUGAGAAAUCCAAGAAAAAUCCCUUGAAGCAUGUAAUCCACAAUAAGAAGAACCAAUUGAGGUUAACAUUGUUAAAAAGUAAGAAGUUAACAUUUGAACACUUAUUCAACACCAGUUCUAUUGGAAACCUUUACCUGUAUGACUCCAGUCUUCUCUUGAAGUUUUUUGAGAAAGUAUAUUUGAGAUUUCUGUUGGCAGAAAAGUAUAAUGUACCUAAGUCAGAGUGGGAGAGCUUCAAGACGACCCUUGAAUUUUACCCAGAGAAACUCCUGCAAGGCUUCCCCAACUUGGGAAACACCUGUUACAUGAACACAAUUUUACAGACCUUAUUUUUGAUUCCCACUUUUGUUGAUGAUUUAUUCAGUAAGGAUUUCCCAUGGGGUAAAAUUCCCCUUCAUGCUCUUAGCAUAUGUUUAGCACAGCUGUUUGUUUUCAGAGAUAUUCCUGACAUAAAAAUCAAGAAGAGAUUACUUGUGAAUGUUAAAAACACCGUAUCAUCAAUGGCAAAGGUUUUCUCCAGCAACGGACAAAAUGAUGCUCAUGAGUUUUUAAGUCACUGUUUAGAUCAAACGAAAGAGAACAUGAAGAAAUUAAACAUCAUAUGGAAGGCUACAAUUGAAUCUGAAGCGGAGAAUCCAGCUCAACAGAUCUUUGCUGGAAGUGCUGCCACCCGAGUGCUCGUUUGUCCUAUCAUCAGUAAUUUUGAGUUUGAGUUGCUGGUCUCUAUUACUUGUCAAAGCUGUGGUAAUGCUGUUCUCAAGACCGAAGUGAAUAAUUAUCUCUCCAUCAACCUUCCACAAGGAAUGUCACCUCCUUUGUCUAUUAUCUCUGCUUUUAAUUUCUAUUUCACCUCCGAACUGCUUGCGUAUACUUGUGAGAAAUGUCAGCAUACGAAAUCUGUUUUGAGGCACGAAUUUAGUAGGCUACCCAGGGUUCUUAUUGUUCAUCUGAAACGUUCUAUCUUUGGUGAGUUAUGGUUGCUAAAGAAGGAUAACCAGAAAGUCCUUAUUCCCACGUGUUUAGCGGUAUCACCUUAUUGCAGUGAAAGUACCGAACCACCUUUUCCCGUGAGCAAGGAUGUGUUAACUAGGGAGUUCCAAAUCCUGAAAGUCUUUGAAAGCAUGAAUUCUGAAAAUGACUUUCUAUCAACAUAUUCAAGAAAGCUGACCUUGGCAUCCAAUGAUUCCCUGAUUCCACACAUUGGACCGGACAAAGAAUCUGAACCUCAAAAAAGCCAGAAUCUCUGUGAAGAGUCAGAGGGAAAACAGAAAGAAGACCUGGGGAAGUGUCCUAAACUGAAUAUAAGGGAGUCUGAAUUGGUAAACUUAGGAGAGGAAGCAGUCACUAAAAAAGAGCUAUCAGCUGCUGACUUAAUGACGGAUCUUGAAGCAACGUCCCUUUCUCAGAUCCAGGAAGAUGAAGGUAAACCCACCAGUGGUCCAGACAAGUAUCUUGCAGAAGUUUAUCUUCAGGAAAUGUUUGAAAAUCUAAAACGAAAGAAAGAUGAGACAACUAAUAUACUUGUAGAUUUCAAGAGUGGCACUGAGACUACUGAAGAUUUUUAUAGACGUGAAAAAAGAGUUCCAAAAGAAUUCCAAAAACUGACUGAAGAGACCCAGCAGGGUGACUGGAUGAAAACCUAUGAAGAAACCCUUCAGCAGACACUGUCUCGAACCUUGGAGAAGCCACAUGCCCAGGGGUAUGGAGAAAACCUCAGAAGACCUGCAGAAUUAAGUAUCCAGAAGGCCAGUGAGAAAUCCCUAGGGGCAUCAGGUUCCAAUAAAAACUCUGAAAACAAAGAAUUUUUAGAUGAGGAGAAGUCAGAAACUGAAGCCACAAACCUAGAAAGCAAUGCUGAGAUGAGCGAUCUCCAUACCUAUCGCCUCAUUGCUGUUGUCAGCCAUCUUGGGAAGUCCCGAAAUUCAGGCCAUUAUAUCAGUGAUGUCUAUGACUUUGAGAGUCAAAUGUGGUUCACUUACGAUGAUCUAGAGGUAUUGAGUAUCCCAGAGCAUGUCAUGCAGAAGGCUAGGCUUUGCACCGGGUACAUCUUCUUUUACAUGCACAAUGAUAUUUUUGAAGAGCUGUUGAAAAGGGAAAAGAACUUUCAGUCUCUUAACACAGAGGCAGGGAAGUCCCCUCAGGAGGAAUAAGUGGAACAGACUCCUGGUUGCACACAUUUGCUUGACCGCCUCAUUGGUUACCACUUCUUCUCUGGAAGGAAAACUCCACUCUAGCCAAAGUUGAAGAGGCAAAUGGCAUCCAGGAUCAGAGUUCAAGCAGGAACACUUGGGGAGAAUCUCUGUUCUAACCCUAAUACAGACAUUUCAAUCUCACAGUUCCAGCUGAUAAGUAUUUUUUUCUGUUAGACUAGAAUUGUGUUCUCCGUAGUCUAGUGCAGUGAAUUUUAAGUGCAAUCCUUAA